AUGGCGGCCCAUAGGUACACUCACGCAUUAGUCUGCCGUAUUUCAAAUUCUUUUAAAACAAGUGCGUCAGAUUUACAGGCAGAUGUAAAUUUGAUUGAAGCUCGGAAGCAGCAUGAAGAGUUUUGUAAAACUUUACGGGAGUUGAAAGUUGAUGUGAUAGAGUUGCCACCAGAUGAAACUCAACCUGAUUCCGUAUUUAUCGAAGAUACAGCAAUUGUUUGUAAUGGAACUGCGUUGAUAUGCAGGCCCGGUCUUCCUUCUCGUCAAAAAGAGGUCGAUAUUGUACGUACUACAAUAAAGAAAGAGUUGGAGCUUCCAAUUGUAGACAUAGCAAAUCCUGAUGCUGUAGUUGAUGGUGGAGAUAUAUUAUUUACAGGUAAAGAGUUUUUUGUUGGCCUAUCAAAACAUACAAAUGAUGCUGGUGCUCGAGCAGUAGCUGAUGCGUUUCCGGAGUACCCUGUUACUCCUGUUAAAGUACCCGGAAAAUAUCAUCUAAAAUCCUUAUUGUCUAUGGCUGGACAAGAUAUAAUCUGUGUAUCUGCAAGUGAUGCAGCUCAGAGUGUUUUAAAGAAAAUGGCUCAAGAAGCAACUUAUAGGUAUCAGACUGUUACUGUACCAGACUCUUAUGCAGCCAACUGUUUGUUUGUCAAUGGAACUCUCAUUCAUCGGUCAGAGUUUCCUGAAAGUACCAAAGUUUUUGAAGAUAAAAUUGAUUUCAGCAAAAUUUCACUUAGCUUGUCAGAACUGUCCAAAGCAAAGGGAAAUUUAACUAGCUGUUGUCUUCUCAUAAAAAAAUCAAAGUAUAUAAAGAAGCUUUAAGUUUUUGUGAUGUAAAUUACUGCCUUAAGUCAGGUUUUAAAUGAUGCUUCAUAUAUAUAUAUAUAUAUAUUAACUAGUGACGGAAUCAUUGUACUCUUGAGUAUGCAAUCACUUUAAAUAUCAAAUUAUGUUUAUGUUUCACUGAACGUUUUUACUAUUUAUAUUCAUGUUUCAUCUGCUUCUAAAUUUUUUUUUAUCACUGUUAA